UCAUUUGACAGAUAGUUAACCUUACAAUAUAAAGAUAGUUUUUUUUAUUAUUCUUACAUUUCUCGAUUAUUAUCGUAUAUUAUUACAGAAACAGAACAUUACAAAAACGAUAUGUUGCGUAAUGUCUUGGCGACGAUACCCCGACAAAACUUACAGGUCAUAACAGUGCGUUAUAAGCAGAAGAAAUUCCCUAAAGUUGACAAGAAGUUGCAAGCAGCUGCAGAAUCGUUAGCUGCGAGAGGUUUUCUAAGACCUACCAAGCCAUGGGAUCCACCGGCGAACAUUGAAGAAACAAUAACUAAGAUAUGUGCUAGCAACGGUCUGAAUGCAGACUCUCAAUUUGACGCGCUGGAGACUAAGUUCUCGGUGCUAAAGGCGUGCUUUGAGGAGACUGGAUAUGAUGUUCCCAAUUCACUAUUGCAUACUAUUGAAUCUGUUGGUGACCUGAAACAGUUCUAUUUAACCCCUGUGGAUACAGCAACUCCAUUUGAUGCUCUCAAGAGAAUGGAAUUGCCAAAGAACCUACAUGUACAACCUGACUAUGUCAGAUUCCACCCUGAAAGAGAUACCAUGUUUGGUGGUGUAUCAGCUUUCCCCAAGAGUUCCACACUUGUUACUGGACUGAAAGCAAGAAAGAAGUAUGAAGGUUACACAGCCAAGCAAUCUUGGCCCUAAUGAAGUAGUUUUAUUGUUAAAAUAUUGUAUAGUAUAGUUAGUAAUAAAGAGUUUAAAAAUUA